CCUGCGGGCCUGUGUUGCUGUUUGCGGAGGGCGGGACUAAGGCUGACGACUACAAAACAGUCCAGACGUCACCUUUCAAACUCAAGCUGAAGACAAGCGUUCAUGCCGAGUCAGACCUGAACAAGGCUACAAGUAUGACCUCUGUACUCGUACUAAAGCAUUAGCGAACCAUGGAAAACUCGAGCAGGCCUCAACGGCCUAGGCAAGGUGGCUGGGAGAGGAGCUCCGCAUCGGACAAUACAGAAAGCUGGAGGACGCAGGACCAGGGGAGAGGACAGACCUUCAGGUCAGAGGGAGGUUCGCAGGGCAAGAGGACUCAGGCUGGGUCUUAUAGGGCCAGCCCCAAGAAGGGAGCUCUUGGUCUGCUCAGCUACUCCCCAGGUGGAAUUAGUGGUGGCAGUAGCCCUUCACAGAAAGACGAGUUUAGAAGGUUCCCAGGUCCUGAGAAUGGUGGCGGGAGUCGAGAAGAAUAUCGGAGAGAGCGCUCACAGCAAAACUGGAGGAGGAACAACGUAGGAGAUGGACCAAGGGAGGACAGGGAGCAAGGAUGGAGGGAGGGGACUGAUAGUGCUAAUAAAUCAGGGAGAAGGUGGCGAAACAGAAAGAAAAACCCUUUUGCUGAAGAGAAUCGGGGACUUGUAAAUGAAGAGUACACACUCUCAGUCCAAGAGCAGCGCAGCCUACGGCAGGCAGAGACACGGUUUAUCAGAGAUGAGAUCUACCCUUUGAAGAAGAAGCCACACAACAACCCUCUAGCACUUUACAGCUGUGCUCUCUGUGAUGUUCUCCUGGAUUCUGUUUCUGAUGCAUACAGGCAUAUCAGAGACAAACGGCACAAACGAAGGGCUCGGGAGAAGCAAGAACAGGUGAUGCUGACUGAGAUUAAGCCUCCAGGCCCCGAGCAGAUCAGUGCAGUAAGUGCAGCACUAGAGGCUGUUGUCCGGGAACAUGGGAUGAAUGACCAGGAUGUUGAGAGAAGACAGUGUGUUGUGUCCAUGAUGCAAGACCUCUUUCUGUCUGUCCUGCCUGACAUUCGCCUCAGGAUGUAUGGCUCGUCUUGUACCAAGUUUGGAUUUAAGGAUUCAGAUGUUAACAUUGACGUACAGUAUCCACCUCACAUGCAUCAACCGGACGUCUUGCUGUUGGUCAAGGAGAGCCUCUCUGUGAGCCCUCUCUUUGUGGAUCUAGAAGCUGAUUUUCAUGCCAGGGUGCCUGUGGUUAUUUGCAAAGAGAAAAAGAGUGGCCUGAUCUGCAAAGUUAGUGCCGGCAAUGAGCAUGCCUUCCAGACCACCGCUUACCUUUCUGCACUAGCCAGUCGGGAACCCCUUCUCCUAACAUUGGUCUUGGGCUUCAGACGCUGGGCCCGGAUCUGUGAAAUUGACCGUCCAGAGGAGGGUGGGCUGCCUCCAUAUGUAUUCGCUCUGAUGGUUAUCUAUUUCUUACAACAGCGCAAAGAGUCCCUCUUGCCUACUUACCUGAACCUAGGGAUUAAGGUUUUCUCACUUAGCCGGCUCUCUGAUUUUAAUCUUACACAUGAAGAGGAUGGAUAUGUACACUGGACUUAUUCUCCAUGCUCUAAAGAAUCAACACAACCAGAAGGCUUCUCUGUAAAAGGAAAGGUUCCACUGGUGUUUCAGAGUCCUCACCCGCCUGUGGAACUUGGGCUCCUCUGGGUUGAAAUGCUUCGUUUUUACUCACUGGAGUUUAACAUGGCUGACACUGUCAUCAGUGUGCGGACUGCUGCUGUCCUCUCGCGAGAGAUGAAAGACUGGCCAAAGAAACGCAUCGCUGUGGAGGACCCAUUUGCUGUGAAAAGAAAUGUGGCCCGCACCGUGAACAGCCAGCAAAUGUUUGAGUACGUCCUCCACUGCCUCAAAACCACAUACAAGUACUUUGCACUGCCACUGAACAUGCAAACUAACAGCAAGUCUCAACAAGGACCUUAUAAAGAGGAAAAUGCUGGAAUCUUAAAUAAAGAUAUGAGCCACCUCAGCAUUCAGUCACAACAUGCACAUCACCCAGAAGCUGUUGAAAAUGGUCCUGAAGACUCUGACUGCAUUAUUGAGGAGGAGGAAGAAGUUGAGGAAUACAAUGGCUCUGCUGAAGAAAGGGAGAAAGAAAAAGUGGACAUGGGCAAAAGCAGCCUGUCUGAGGAUGAUGAGGAGGAUGUUGAUAUAGAUGCAUGUAACAGACAACACCUGGACAGUGUCACCACAGAGGAUGAUGACAUUUUCCCUUUGGACGAGAUCUCAGGGGAGGAGCUUUUGUCUGAUGAGGAGGGUCCUGAUUUGGACACACCUGGGUCAGUAGAUGAUGAGGAGGUUGAGUUGGUACCUGUUGUGUCACCUCCAUUUUUAGAGGACACGACUAAAGAUGAGACCACCGAAAAUACUAACCGGAAACAAAGCGGACUGUCUUAUCAGUUCACUAAGCAAGUUUUCACCAGAGGAAAGUCACACAUGGUUGUGUGCAGCUUGUGCAAGCGCGAUGGACAUUUAAAGAAAGACUGCCCUGAAGACUUCAAGAAAGUCCAGCUGGAGCCUUUGCCCCCAGUAACCCCUGAGUUCCUCACUGUUCUUAACAAAGUCUGUGAACAGUGUUACACUGACUUUGCCCCAGAUGAAAUGGAAGUGGGUGUAAGAGAGCACAUCCUUAAAGACCUGGAGACCUUUGUCAGACGACAAUUUGCUGGAGCUCGGCUACAACUGUUUGGAUCAUCUAAAAAUGGCUUUGGCUUUCGACAGAGUGAUCUAGACGUCUGUAUGGUGUUGGAGGGACAAGACACCAUAGAUGAUGUUGACUGCAUCGGUAUUAUUGAAAGUCUGUCGAGAUUGCUAAAGAAACACCCAGGUCUAAAAAACAUCUUGCCCAUCACGACUGCAAAAGUCCCUAUUGUCAAGUUCUACCAUGUACACACUGGCCUGGAGGGAGACAUCAGUCUGUACAACACACUGGCACUACACAACACACACCUGCUUGCUUCAUAUGCUGCCAUUGACAGGAGAGUGAAGAUUCUCUGUUACGUCAUGAAGGUGUUUGCAAAGAUGUGUGACAUUGGGGAUGCUUCGCGUGGCAGCCUGUCCUCUUAUGCUUACACCCUUAUGGUGCUGUUUUUCCUCCAGCAGCGAAACCCCCCUGUUAUCCCUGUGCUGCAAGAGAUCUAUGAUGGAAAGAAGAAGCCAGAAGUGUCAGUUGAUGGCUGGAAUGUUUACUUCUUUGACGAUUUAAAAACACUACCCAGUCAUUGGCCACAGUAUGGACAGAACACUGAGGCGGUUGGGGAACUGUGGCUAGGCCUGCUCCGCUUUUACACUGAGGAGUUUGAUUUCAGAGAGCAUGUUGUCUGUAUUCGACAACUUGCUCGUCUCACCACCUUCAAUAAGCAGUGGACUUCUAAAUACAUCGUAAUUGAAGAUCCGUUUGAUUUGAAUCACAACCUGGGUGCUGGUCUGUCCAGAAAAAUGACCAACUUUAUUAUGAAGGCUUUCAUCAAUGGAAGAACUCUGUUUGGCACACCAAUCAAAGUCUUUCCUUCAGUUUACCCCAGUCAGAUGGAGUAUUUCUUUGAUCCUGAAGUUCUAACUGAGGGUGAAGUGGCUCCUAAUGAUCGCUGCUGCCGCAUCUGUGGCAAGAUUGGACACUUCAUGAAGGACUGCCCCAUGCGCAAGAAGUCAAAGCACAGAAGGGAUAUGGAGAAAAGGCCUGAGCACCCGCAUGAAGCAAUGGAGACAACGGGGGAAGCCAAGGAUCAGGUCAGACACAAGAAUGAGCACUGGAAGAAGAGGGAUCCACUAGAGAUGCGCUGCUGCUUCCUGUGUGGCUCAAGUGCCCACAUCAAGAAGGACUGUCAGCUGUACAGAAGUCCUGCAGGAUAUGUGAAGAUGGAAAACUUUUCUUCUCCCUCAUCAGCUCACCUGAGGAGUUUGAAAGAAAAGGAGAAAGUGGGUUCACCUAUACAAGAGGAGAAGAAAAAGAAGAGAAAGCAAGAUGUGAUAUUGACUCCACAAGCAGGUAGCCGACAUUUGGGUCACUCCGGUCAUAGGAACAAUCCAGUGGAAUAAGAAGCAGCUGUGGCCAUUCAGAUCACAUGGUUCUACUCAAGCAGGCAGCAACCCAAAGUCCAGAAUCCACUGAAUCUGAAUGGGACUGUUGCGCCAAAGGCAGCCUGUUGCAACCCAAAGCCAAGACGCCUUGACUUGAAGCCAAAUAGGGCCUUUUUAUGUGUGUACGUGUUUGGGUGUGUGAGCCCCCCCCUUCCCCGAAAAAGCUCUCCUCUUCAGAGGAGCUUUUUAAUGCUUUCAUUUUAACACAAGCCAUUUUGCAUGCCUGUCAUGAUUUGUUUACAGUCACUGCCAAUUCAGUUUUAGAUUUAGACCAUUUUGUGAUUUCUUUUCAUAUUCAGUGUGAAAUUUAAAAUAUUUUAGUACAGUAUGUCUGUAAAUAAUUAGUCCUCAUUCAGGUAAUACUAGGUCUUACCUGACUGAUAUAAUGCUCCAACCCUCCAACAAAUCAUCUAAUUAUACAUUCAAAUUAGUUAAAAUGACCAGAGCCUUUCAGCUUAAAGAGAAAAACUCGUCAUUUCACUUUUCUUUUUAAUUACACGAUUUUAUGAUGCCUUUGACCUUUAUUUGGAAGUUUGAGUGUGUUAAACCUUUAGAAAGUGUCUUCUUCUAAAGCAACUGCGUGUAUCUUUCCCAAUGAUGUAAUCGGUUUCAAAUGGAAUUUCUUUUGAAUCUCCGUACUGACUUUCAACAGUCAAUCUUUACUUCAUCCUUGAAAGCAGCUUAUACCUAAUGUAUAUCUGUGUUUGUGUCUCAGUUUUGGACAUUUGACCCUGUAAAUAUUUUUUCAGGAUAGUAAGCUUUCUUUCUGAGACUCAUACAGGCAUUUGCUGGGAGGAGUAAAGGGUGAAUGGAAGAUGAAAUGAUACAUCCUGUUUAGCCUGUGUGCAUGUCCCCCACAUGCUAGUAAUUAUGGUGCAAGAACAUUUAAUUGAGUCUAAUGCUGAAAAUGAUAAUCAUCAGCUGGUCCUGCAUUUCUGUACUUCUAGAUGUAAUUUUAAUUUGCUCAGUAGGGGGAUACGUGUGUUUACUUACAAAGGCAUACUUUUGUUGUACUGGUGGCACACAUUUGUAGCUGCACUGAGAGAGUCGAUGCUCUUGAAUUACAUUGCUGCUAGGUAAUGUCUCCAAAGCCUGCUUAUUUCUGAACUUUGAAUAUAGACUGUCCUGCUUUAAUGUUAUCAAAAGAGGUUUAUUAAAAAUGUGUUGUAUCGCAGUGAUAUUUCUCAUUUUUAAAGCAGCUUUGUUUCAUGGCAUUGUAAUAUUUCAUUGUUACAUUUGUUAAUAAGGAAUGGGUUGCAAUGUUAUUUGUGAACAAUGCAUUAAACUAAAAUCAAAUUCCAUCUUAGA